AUGUCUAUUGAAAACCUCAAGUCUUUCGAUCCUUUCGCAGACACAGGUGACAACGAAACUACUACGGCCAACUACAUCCACAUCCGUAUUCAACAAAGAAACGGUAGAAAGACGUUGACCACAGUACAAGGUGUUCCAGCUGAAUAUGAUCUAAAGAGAAUCUUGAAGGUCCUUAAGAAGGACUUUGCCUGCAACGGCAACAUCGUCAAGGAUGAAGAAAUGGGAGAAAUUAUCCAAAUGCAAGGUGACCAGAGAGCCAAGGUUUGCGAAUUCAUGGUCACUCAACUUGGAAUGAAGAAGAAAAACAUCAAGAUCCACGGUUUCUGA